AUGUCCAGUGGAACCGACCCAAGGGCUUUUAAAAGUGCCCAGGUUAUCAAGAAUAUUCCCGGAGUUACUGGUUUCCCUACUUCAAGCACCAUGAACUACGAUGUCCAAGUUAAGGUGCCUUCCGGUAUGAAGUGCAGUGGAACCGUUGGUGCUGCUCUCAAUGUUUGCAUAGUUCGGGUGCGCAACAACGCCAUUUCGGGGCCCUUUGGUGGCUCGGCCGCUUUUACCAACUAA